GUAGACGCUACCACGUGAAGAUGGAGGUGGAGGUGGAAGAGGAGCAGGAACGCGUACGCGUGGUUCAUUGCGGCGGCAGCGAGUUAAACUUUCGGAGAGCCGUGUUUUCCACAGAUUCCAAGUAUAUCUUUUGUGUGUCUGGAGACUUUGUGAAAGUUUAUAGCACAACUACAGAAGAGUGUGUGCACAUUCUUCAGGGACACACAGACCUGGUGACUGGAGUCCAGCUCAACCCUAGCAACCAUCUGCAGCUGUAUUCUUGCUCCUUUGAUGGCACAAUUAAAUUGUGGGACUACCUAGAUGGCAUUUUGAUAAAGACUUUCCUCGUUGGACCUAAACUUUAUGCCCUCUUUACUGUCACCCAUGCUGAGGAUUCUGUCUUUGUUAUAACGGACAAACAACCAGAUGCUUUUCAGCUGGUGUCCGUGAAACUGCCCAAGUCCCCAAGCCAGGAAGUAGAAGCAAAGGAGCUGUCCUUCGUUUUGGACUACAUAAACCAGUCCCCCAAGUGCCUUGCCUUUGGACGUGAGGGAGAAUAUGUUGCUGCAGUCCGGGACUUUUACUUGACAGUUUAUUUUUUCAAAAAGAAAACAACUUCAAGGUAUACUUUAUCAUCAUCAAGAAAUAAGAAACAUGCCAGGAACAGUUUUACAUGUGUGGCCUGCCACCCAAAAGAAGACUGCAUCGCCUCUGGUCACAUGGAUGGCAAGAUCCGUCUCUGGAGGAAUUUUGAUGAUGACAAGAAAUACACGUACACAUGUUUGCACUGGCACCAUGAUAUGGUUAUGGAUUUGGCCUUUUCUGUGACGGGUACCAGCCUGCUGAGCGGCGGGCGGGAGUGCGUGCUAGUGGAGUGGCGUGAGGUGGCCGAGAAGAACAAGGAGUUUCUCCCACGGUUGGGAGCUACCAUCGAGUACAUCUCUGUCUCCCCUGCCGGAGACUUGUUCUGCACUUCUCACUCCGACAACAAGAUAAUGGUUAUUCACCGAAACCUUGACACAUUGGCAGUAAUUCAAGGCCUGGUGAAAGAUAGAAGUAUCUUGACUGGCUUGAUGAUUGAUCCAAGAACUAAAGCUUUAGUUUUAAAUGGAAAACCUGGUCACCUGCAGUUUUACUCCCUCCAGAGUGAUAAGCAGUUAUACAAUUUAGAUAUUGUGCAGCAAGAAUAUAUCAAUGAUUCCGGCUUAUUCCAAAUUGAGCUGACAAAGGCUGCGUUUGGCUGUUUUGGUAACUGGCUGGCAACGGUGGAACAACGGCAAGAAAAGGAAUCUGAGCUUGAAUUGCAGAUGAAACUGUGGAAAUACAAUAAGAAAACACAAGGGUUUGUCCUUAACACAAAGAUUAGCAUGCCACAUGACGACCAGAUCACAGCUCUGUGUUUCUGUAAUGCGGAAAGAUGUGAAACUCUCACCUUGGUUACAGCUAGCAAAGAUGGUCACUUCAAAGUGUGGAUAUUGACAGAUGAUUCCGAUAUAUACAAAAAAGCUGUCGGCUGGACCUGUGACUUUGUCGGUAGCUAUCACAAGUAUCAGGCAACUGACUGCUGUUUCUCUGAAGAUGGCUCUUUACUAGUAGUUAGUUUUGAAGAAAUAAUUACCAUAUGGGAUUCAGAAACGUGGGAACUGAAAUGUACAUUUUGCCAUCGAGCUGGGAAGAUAAGGCACCUUUGCUUCGGGAGAUUGGCGUGCUCCAGGUACCUUCUGAGUGCCACGGAGAAAGGGAUUGUGUGCUGUUGGAACCUGCUCACUUGUGUCCUGGAGUGGAGUGCAAAGUUAAGUGUUAGAGUCAUGGAACCGGACCCACUCUCAGAGUACAUCGCCGCAGUCUCUCAGUCUUCCGAGGGUUCUGAUUUGUUUGUAUUUAAACCUAGUGAGCCAAGGCCAUUGUAUAUUCAGAAGAAUAUCUCUAGAGAAGAAGUCCAGUGGGGAGUGUUUGUUCCCCGAGACGUCCCCGAAUCAUUCACCUCUGAAGCUUACCAGUGGCUAAACAGAUCCCAGUUCUACUUCCUAACAAAAUCACAGAGCUUACUGACCUUCAGUACAAAGUCUCCAGAAGAGAAGCUCACACCAACAAGCAGACAGCUGCUAGCAGAAGAAAGCCUUCCUACAACCCCAUUCUACUUCAUACUGGGAAAGCACAGGCAACAACAGGAUAAAAAGCUCAGUGAAACUUUAGAGAAUGAACUGGUGCAUCUCCCUUUAACAGAGAACAUACCUGCAAUUAAUGAGCUGCUCCACACCCCGGCGCAUGUGCUGCCCUCCACAUCUUUCCUCUGCUCCAUGUUUGUAAAUUCAUUGUUGCUGUCUCAGGACACCAAAAGUGCUGUGGAAAUUCCUGACGAUGUAGAUAUAGAAGAAGAAAAAGAAAGUGAUGAGUCAGAUGAAGAAAGUAAUCCUACUGAACAUGUCCAGGGUACAAAUAACACAGACUUGGGAGAAGAUACUCUGUAUCAGUUGGCAAAAUCUGAAGAAAGAGAACUGCGGAAGUUCAGGAAAGUGGACUACAGCUGGUUUACUGCUCCUUAGGCCUGCGAGGGAGGACAGCCUAUGGGGUUGUGCACAUUCUAUUUUUGAUUGUUGAUACUCAAAAAAUAUAUUUUUAAUAUUAUUUUGUUCUUAAAAUAUUAAAUGUUGACCACUAGC